UGUUAUUCUUAUUACUCAUCAUAGUAAGUUGAUUCAGCCAAUUCUUUCAAACAGCUCCUCCUUUAACUCUCUUCUUCUCUUUUCUUCCAGUCCAAAGUUAAAGUACAAGACAUGGAUAAUGACAGUAACACUAGUAACUGUGUGGACUGGAAUAGAAAGAAUAUUAACAUAAUGCAAGGAGUCUUUGGUGGUCUAGGAGUCAUAGCAUGUACAGUGGCACUGGUCUUUGCAAUAGUCAGUAGAUUCUAUAAAGAUAUUGUACAAAGACUGAUAUUGUACAAACUGAUUGCAGUGCUGGUCCUCUCACUAUGUCAGUAUUUGUUUCUUAGAUUUGAUGACUCAAACAUUUAUAAAGUGUCUGCUGAGCUUAUUACAAUUUUUGCCUACCUAUUGAACCUCAACCUGACCUUCUGGCUAACUGUCGUUCUUUAUCUUUGUAUUGUACACCUCAAAAAAUUGAAGAGCUUCACAAAAUUGGAACCGAUUGCAAUCUUGUCUUCAUUUCUGCCUUUAGUUGGUGCUGUAAUAAUUCCAUUCACUAGCUAUGACAACUGCACAACAAUAUGGGAAAUCAAAUUCUCAGAACAAGGAACAGAUAAAUUUAAUGAUAUUUCUGCAAUCAGCUACACCAUAACCUUAUUAGUAUUCAUCAUAGUGUCGAUGCUAGUCAUUAUCAUUUUUAUUGUAACAGUAAGAAGAUCACGAUUGGAUUUUCAAAGAAAAAAUGAGAAUCAAGUCCAUUCUCUACUGGUCACUAAUAAUAAAUGGAAAAUACUUAGCAAGCAGUUACUACCACUAGUAGUAUAUCCAAUAGUUAAUACAGUACUGGCAAUGAUUUUUCUGCCUCUAAAAGUGGUCUAUUAUAAUGGUAGCACUGUAAAGGGUAUAUAUUUUUCUUCAUUAAUAUCUUCUUCUGGUCUAAUAACUGGUAUUAUUGUUAUAAUACAUCUAUGCAUAGUGAAGUGUAAGAAGAAACAAAGAGAGAGAAAGAUAUCAAAACAGAAUGAUAGGUUAGUACCUUUCUGUGUGGUGCCUAAUAAUCACAAUGAUGUCUUCACAAGAGAAACAGUUGCUUCAACAAAUGCUCGUACUACCUACCAAUACACUCGUACAUCAAGUUUCACUAUGAGUGUAGUUUUUUGAUUCAGAAUGGAAUUAAUUUUUGGAAAAAACAUUCAUGG